AGAGCUUACUGCCUGUACCGGCUGUUCCGCCUGGAUGAGGCUCUGUCUAUCGUAGAUGCCAACUCAGCCCAACCCACUCCCGACUACGACCUGUCUGAGCUCAAGGCACAGAUAUUGUACCGUGCGGAGCAGUACGAUGUGGCAGCCGGCCUCUACUCUACCAUAUGCACAGCUGAGAUGUAA